GCUCGCCCGUGGGCCAUGACCAGCAGACCCUGAACGGGCACCGACCCGGCUCCGGGAACGCGAGGCUCCGCGGCCCCGGCCAUGGGCAACUUCCAGCUGGAAGACUUUGUGGCGGGCUGGAUCGGAGGUGCAGCGAGCGUCAUCGUCGGCCACCCUCUGGACACAGUCAAGGCUCGCCUGCAGGCCGGCACUGGCUACGGGAGCACCCUUAGCUGCAUCCGCACUGUGUACAGGAGGGAGAGUGUGUUUGGCUUCUUCAAGGGCAUGGCCUUCCCCCUCACCAGCAUCGCUGUCUACAACUCAGUGGUGUUUGGGGUCUUCAGCAACACACAGAGGUUCCUCAGCCACCACCGGUGCCAGGAGCCUGAGGCCGGCUCACCCCGCGUGCUGUCUGACCUGCUCCUGGCCAGCAUGGUGGCUGGCGUGGUCUCUGUGGGGCUGGGUGCGCCCGUGGACCUCAUCAAGAUCCGGCUGCAGAUGCAAACACAGCCAUUUCGGGAAGCCAACCUCGGUUUGAAGCCCAGGGUGGCAGCUCUUGGGGAGCAGCCAGCCUACCAGGGGCCUGUGCAUUGCAUCAUAACCAUCGUGCGGACUGAAGGCCUGGCAGGGCUGUACCGGGGCACCAGUGCCAUGCUGCUGCGGGACGUCCCAGGCUACUGCCUCUACUUCAUCCCUUAUCUGUUCCUGAGUGACUGGAUCACGCCCGAGGCCCACACAGGCCCCAGCCCCUGUGCUGUGUGGCUGGCGGGAGGCAUGGCAGGAGCAAUUUCUUGGGGGACAGCAACUCCUAUGGAUGUCGUGAAGAGUCGACUGCAAGCUGACGGGGUUUAUAUAAACAAAUACAAAGGUGUCCUGGACUGUAUCUCCCAGAGUUACCAGAAGGAAGGUCUUAAAGUGUUUUUCAGAGGCAUCACGGUCAAUGCCGUGCGGGGCUUCCCCAUGAGCGCGGCCAUGUUCCUUGGGUACGAGCUCUCGCUGCAGGCGAUCCGCGGGGACCACGUGGCGACCAGCCCCUGAGCGCAAGAGCCAGCAUCACCUGACCAGGGCCUCAUUCUCCUACAGCUGAUACUGAUGGCGGCAUCUCUAGAACCUGCGGUAGCGAAUUUACUGAAGAGGAAGAACGCCUCCCCGCCGACCCUCAGCCAACCGGUCUCACCUCCGGAAUCCCUGCUUUCCAGUUGCAAGCACUCUUCCUCACCUCUGGGCUGGGGCCGCUGAGCUGCUGCCUUGGAAGGACCUUUGAUUCAUGACCAUCUAUUGCAGAUCCUCACUGGCACCUGAUAUCAAGCAGGAUCAAAUAGACCCUGCCCCCAAGACUGCUGUAAACUCACUGGGAAUUCACAGAGGAGCUGGAGUUGUCUCGAAGCUCCCAAAUAAAAACAUUUCUGUA